AUGUCCAGGGAAGAUACUGAUGACCAGUCAUUUGACCAGGAGAGAUCCAUAUCGGGGUCAUCCCGUGUACUUAAAAGACAAUCUUCAGUUGACGAGCCAUCUCCUGUUUUUUCAUAUGGCCAAAGCCAAAAAUCGCGACCACUUUUGGGUCAGAUGGGGUCACGAUUAAGAAGCAGAGAAUUGUCAAGUUCAUCCAACCUGGCAUAUUCUUCACAGUCAUCUGUGGAAAAUCAAGCCAUCAGCCCUCACAGUAUUGACACAGAGAUUGCUCGAAGCUUGUUAGAUCUGUCCCAGCCCCGAAGAUCUGAGUCCAGGGAAAUCGUGGAUGAGGAUGCCCGGAGACACGCAUUGACCCACCUCCAGUCGCUGAUCACUCAGCUGAUGGCACAGAAGAAACCCUUGUCGGGCCUCAACCUAGGGGGAGAUAGUACCAGCCCCAGCACUCCGCUGAACACUGGGAGACUGAUGGCUUUAUCUCUUGGGCAACCUGGGAGUGGAGGG